AUGGAGGAGCAAAGUGCGGCGAAGAUAAUGUCCACCAGCGCUGCACGAGAACUGACUCAGCCGACUCAAGGACACAGAUCAUACGCGGAGGCGACAGCUGGCAGCUGUUCCUCUGCGACUGAACUGGAAGGAAAGGAAGCACUCAGACGGAAGACUAGGGUGCAUAAAAAGAGGAAGGUGAUCAAGCCAGCGAUCCAGGAAUCCUCUGACUCUUCCGCGGAGGUGGAGAAGGGGAAUCAGGGAGAAACAAGGUCCUACGAUGAUAGACUGGACCUAUUCAGGACGGAGCAUGCCCCUGCCCCGAUACCAGCUCGGAGACCCCCAAUUCAGGGGGUAAUGAAAGACUUGGACGAGUCGAUGGCGUUGAGGAGCCUGGACCCGGAGACCAGGAAUAUUUACGACAGGUUGUCGGAAGAUCUGAGCCUGUUCGUCGACGCAAGGGUGAGUCUGGAUCCGGAAGGGGAGGAAUAUCGGUCCCUAACAGAGGACAUACGGAGGCUGACGAGAGAGAGAGCAGUUGUCAUGAGGAGGGAGAAGCCUGGGAAGAGGUCCCCGGGACCAACGGCGCGAGCUGCCGCUCCGGAUCCCACUCCCCCCCAGCCGGAGAGGCGAAAGCCUAUCUGGAUGGGAGGGGAGGGGGGAGCGGAGGAGCGGGCGCCAAAGGACCAGGAGACCAAAACCCAGAGGAGGAAGAGAAGGAGGAAGGAGCAGAGGAAGAAGGAGAGACAGGAGACCGCGACCACUGGGAAGAAGGAGGGAGCAAGGAAACCGGAACCGGCGAAGACGGGGUCGGGUCAUCCUCUCCCACGUGAGGGGAAGAAAACCUACGCCCAAAUGACCAAACAGGCAGGGAAGGAGGAACGGGGUAAUGGUGGACACCUUCGACAGGCGGGACUUAACAGCCAACCCGCCAAUCGGCCCCGAUCCACACCUGCGGUAGCGUCGAAGGACGGGGAAUGGACCCUGGUGAGGGGCCCUAAGGAUAGGAAGAAGAUGAGGAAGGAAGAGAGGAGAGGAAUCGUCUCCAAACCCUCUCCUCCCCAGCCUGCCAAAGGACCAAAGAAGGCGGCAGUUGUGCCGAGGCCGCCCAGAUCGGUGGCCAUCACGGUUACUUGCUCAAAGGACUCCUAUAAGGAGUUCAUGGUUGAGGCCAGGCGCCGGAUCAAACCGGUUGACGUCGUGCCUGGCCUCAACGCUGGGCCCUCCACCGACCGGCUGGCCGAGGAGCUCGACAAGCUGGCGGCGGAGAAGGGCCCUGGCUAUCGCGUCCAGAGGCCGGUGAAGCCGGCGUUGCGGCUCACUGGUCUGGACGCGACGGUCGGGGCCGAGGACGUGGUGGCCGCUGUGGCCCAUGCUGGGGGUUGCCCGCCUACGGAUAUUUCUGAGGGCGAGCUGCGACAUACCCAGCGAGGAACGGCCACGGCAGUGGUGCGGUGCUCGUUGGCGGCAGCCUCGAAAUCGCCGCCGCGGGGGCCACCGAGCGAGCGGUGCAAGAGCGCCGUCGAUCGCAGCGAUAAUUGUUAUCGUUGCGGUACCUCCGGCCACCGCGCCAAACAAUGUAGGGCGGCUGCGGCAUACUGCCCCGUGUGCGCCGAAGCGGGCAAGGAAGCCGGCCAUAAGACCGGCGGACCCGCUUGUAAGCCUCUUACGAGCAAGCAAAGAAGAAGGAGGGAGGCCAAUCUGAGAAAAAGGCAGCCCGGACCCUACCCUGAGGGAGAGACAAAGAACGCCUCCCCCACUCCGAUGAAGGACGAAGGGAAGGGCCGACAGGCCUCCCCAAGGACAGCUGGAGGGAAGGGAAGAGAGGAGGUUGAGCCGGCCUCCUCUCCCACGUGGAAGGAGGAAAGUAUGGCGGCGGAGGCGGCCGAAGACCGCGCCCUGGAUCCCACCGCUCCUAUGGAGAUCCCGGAGGAAGCACUACCGCAGAGGGAUAAGCGGAAGAGGGGAGCCCUGGAGGCGGCGACUCCUGCCAAUCAGAAGAUUGCCUCAUAUCACGUGACUUAA